AUGGCUAAGGAGAGAAUUAGAGUUGUAGUAUGUGGAGAUACAGGUGUUGGAAAAUCUAGUCUGAUUGCAAGCUUGGUUAAAGAUCAGUUCAUCCCUAACUUACAAGAUGCCCUUCCUACGGUGACAAUACCGAGAGAUUUUUCCGCUAGUCCAUAUUCGCCUCAAAAUACGAUACUGGUUGACUCUACGAAUGCUAAUCCUGCUAGUUUACAGAAAGAGUUGAAAAAUGCAGAUGUUAUUUGGUUGGUGUACGACGGGCAUGAAUCAUAUGAGCGGAUUUCAUUAUACUGGAUGAUGAUGUUCCGGUCACUUGGUCUCAACCUUCCUGUCAUACUCUGCAGGAACAAGUGUGAUGAGAGGAUUCCUCUGAGUAGCGGUUAUCUGAAUGGAGAAGAGGAAGGAGAUACUACGGUUGAAGAUGAGGAGUUUAUUCCUAUUUUAAAGGCAUUUAAGGAAGUGGAGACAUGCAUAAAAUGCAGCGCGAAAACUAAUUUAAACGUUAGUCAAGCGUUUUAUCUUUGUCAGCGUGCGAUUACUCAUCCAUUGGCACCUCUUUUUGAUGCCCGUGUUGGAGAACUAAAGCCGCUAGUCGUUCUAGCCUUAAAACGGGUAUUUAUUUUAUGUGACAAAGAUCAAGAUGGUUUCCUUAAUAAUGAUGAAAUAUCAGCCCUGCAAAAGAAAUGUUUUGGGAAGACUAUGGAUACCAAUGAGUUAAAGUUCAUACAUACUACACUGGAGAACAUUUCAGCCCCAACUCAGAAGUACGCAAGACGUACUUUGUAUGUCGACGGGAAAGGUAUCACUAAAUUAGGAUUCUUGGUUUUAAAUAAAUUGUACGCAGAAAACGGGAGACAUGAGACAACGUGGGGCAUAUUACGUGCGUUUCAUUACACAGAUUCUUUGUCCAUCAGCGAUAAGGUUCUACACCCCAAGGUGGACACUGCAGAUUCUUCUAGUAUUGAAUUGAGCCCGGUGGGCUACCGCUUUUUAGUGGAUGUAUUUUUAACAUUUGAUAAAGAUAAUGAUGGUGGUUUGAAUGCAGAAGAGUUGGAUGACCUUUUCAAAUGUACACCUGGUCUCCCAAAAUUAUGGUCUGAAACCAGCUUCCCAUAUUCGACAGUAAUCAACAAUCAAGGCUUUAUUACGUUACAAGGAUGGCUAGCACAAUGGAGUAUGACAACAUUUAUUGAUUAUAAAACUACAACAGAGUAUCUCGUUUACUUGGGUUUUGAGAAAGAUGCCAAAUUGGCUUUGCAUGUAACAAGAGCAAGGCGUAAAAGGCGCAGAAAUGGAAUUUUUUACCGGGCCCCAGUUAAUGAUCGUCAGGUCUUCAAUUGUUAUGUGAUAGGUAAACCGCAUAGUGGUAAAACUUCUUUACUACAGUCAUUUCUUGGCCGCCGUUUUAGCGAAUCUUAUUCGCCGACAAUAAGACCUAAGAUUGCAGUAAACAGCUUGGAAUUAAAAGGUGGUAAGCAAUAUUACUUGAUCUUACAAGAACUUGGAGAACAGGAACCUGCUAUUUUAGAAAAUCAUAACAAGUUGAAAGAAUGUGAUGUUUUGUGUCUAACUUACGACUCAAGUGAUCCAGAAUCUUUUUCCUGCCUUGUUGACCUGAUUCAUAAGUACCCACACUUGAAAAGGUUGCCUAUGGUGUUCAUUGCAUUAAAAGCAGAUUUGGAUAAACAACAACAGCGGUGUCAUAUCCAGCCAGAUGACUUUACUGAAGAGCUAUUGCUCGAACAUCCGUUACAUACUUCAUGCAUCUGGCCUAGUUCACUAAACGAAUUGUUCAUAAAAUUGACUGAAGUGGCUCUUGAACCAGCGAAAAAUACUCCAGAUCUACAGCCAGAGAUAGUUCAAAAAGAUACUACUGUUUUUUGGCAAGCUGCAGUAGUGGCAGGUUCAGUAUUAGGAUUUGCUUCCAUAUUUACUUUCACUCUUUCAAAAAUUAUACGGAGUUUGAGCAACUCUUCUGCAUAG